UAGGAGCCCCCUCCCUCCACUCGCCGACUCGCCUGAACCGCGUCUCGCCGUCUCGACCGCUGCCCCGUCCCCCGAUUCCGCGAUCCCGCUCCGCGCGACGCCGCCACGCGCCCACCCGCGCCGCUGCGCCGUCAGGCCGGCAGACUUCGCGGAGCUGUCCUCCACUCCUCCAGGGAUCCAGCAGUGCCCGAACGCCGGGCCACCGCCGCCCGUCGCCCCGACCCCGACGUGUCGCCGUCGCGGCCGCGCCGGCUAACCGGUCCCCGACCGGCGUCCCCGCGUUGCCGUCCGACUACAGCCGUCCAGCGCCUCGCUCUGCUCUGCGUAACUGUUGAGUGUUUUUGGAUAGGCAUAUCCUAGAUGCUGGGCAUUUUAUGUCAGAGGGACGUCUGAUGCCGCGUCGCUGUUCAUUCCACAUGCAACGGCAGGAAGCAAUCGCCCAUGGAAACAGCAAGUGCCCAGUCAGUUGUCUGCCGUGAUGUGGAGCUGUCUGUCACCACAGCACUUGCGUAGAUGAUGGCGGGAGGACAAAAUAGCGUGAAUUGCUGCAGACUUUCACGCCAAAAAGAUAACAAUAUCCCUCUUCCUUUAGCUUUCUUUUGCAAUUCCAAAGGCAAAGAAGAAGUGGUUGAUUGAAGAUCCGUUCCCGGCUGCUAUAACAUUUGCUUCUGUACUACCGAAAUGGAAGAAGAGGCUAAUAUAGCGCACCAGGAUUCCAAUACUAAGACCUUGAUGCCUAGUUUGGCACCUUAUGUUGGCAUGGAAUUUAGAAAUUCAGAUGAGGCUUGGUCAUUUUGGAUUAGCUAUGGUGCACAAAAAGGCUUUGAGGUGAGAAAAAGGUACACAAACAAAAGUCAAUCCGAUGGCAAGGUUACAUCAUGUAGAUUUGUUUGUGCAAAUGAGGGUCAUAGACGACAAGACAAAAGGGAUCAUUUAACAAAGCGUCGUCGAGCUGAAACUAGAACCGGUUGUCAAGUCCACAUGAGUCUUAAAAUGGACCGAAAGAAGGGCAAUUUUGAAGUGUCUGAGCUGGUUUUGGAGCACAAUCACAUAGUAUACCUGCCACAAACCUUACACUUAAUGGUGUCACAAAAGAAAAUUUCAGAUAUACCGGCCUUUGAAAUUGAAACAGCAGAUGAUGCAGGAAUUGAGCCGAAAGCGGCGCAUGAGUUGGCUAGUCACCAAGUUGGCGGAUCACUGAAUCUUAGCUACACAGUUCAAGAUCACACAAACUAUUUGCCGACCAAGCGUCAACGGGGGAUGGCAUAUGGCCAAGCAGGUAGCAUGCUUAAAUAUUUUCAAGAAAAAAUUGCUGAGAACCCAUCAUUCCAAUAUGCAUUGCAAAUGGACUGUGAAGAACAAAUUGCAAACAUAUUCUGGGUUGAUGCUAAAAUGAUAAUGGACUAUGCACAUUUUGGUGACGUUGUUAGUUUUGACACUACUUUUGGAACAGAUAAGGAGAGCAGGCCUUUUGGUGUUUUUGUUGGAUUCAAUCAUUUUAGAGAAACUGUAGUUUUUGGUGCUGCCCUUAUGUAUGAUGAAACAUUUGAGUCCUUCAAGUGGCUGUUUGAGACCUUUCUAAAAGCUCAUAAUGGGCAGCAACCUAAGACAAUCUAUACAGAUCAAGAUUCUGCAAUGGGAAAGGCAGUUGCAGAAGUAUUUGUAGAAGCAUGGCAUGGAUUAUGCACCUUUGACAUUAUGCAGAAUGCCGUCAAACAUCUACAUGAAGAGAAGAAUGAAGACACAAAUAUUCUAUCAGAUUUUAGUGCAUGCAUGUUUGAGUAUGUGGACAUGGCAGAAUUUGAACAUAAAUUUGACAUCAUUAGGAAAAAGGUGAGCAAGCAAACUUGGUUGGAUGGUAUAUACAAGUUGAAAGAAAAAUGGGCUGAAUGUUAUAUGAAGCAUGUCUUCACAUUAGGAAUGAGAAGAACACAGUCGAAUGAGAGUCUGACCAAUGACCUGAAAAUCCAUUUCAAAUCUGAUUUUGAUAUCAUUGAGUUCUUCAUACAUUUUGAAAGGGUGGUGCAAGGAAAAAGGGAUAAUGAGCUGAACUCAGAGUUUGAUUCAAGGAGAAAUUUGCCUAAAAUCUGUAUGAGGAGACCACCACCUAUUUUGGUGCAGGCUAGCAAGCUGUAUACACCUAUUAUAUUUGAAGCUUUUCAAGGUGAAUAUGAAAAAUCCUUGGCAGCUUGCACCAAGGCAUUGGAGGGUAAUAAUGAAUAUCUAGUGGGAGAUUUUACCUUCAAGGAGGAGUACGAAGUUAUCGGUGAUCCUUCAAAGCAAACAGUUGUAUGCAGCUGCAGGCAAUUCGAUAGAACUGGGAUAUUAUGUGCCCAUGCUCUUAAAGUUCUUGAUUUGAUGAAUAUCAAAUUACUACCGCCACAAUAUGUGUUAAAGAGAUGGACAUGGGAAGCAUGGAUUGGAACUGCACAAGACAACCAGGGAAGAAAUAUAGCUGAAAAUCCAAUGGAUGCUAUGCUUCGCUACAAAUAUAUGUCUCGCAAAUUUCUCAAUUUGGCACAUCAAGCAGCCAACUUUCCAGAAUGCACUGUGUUAGUAGAUAGGGCACUUGACAUCCUUGGUAAGCAAAUUGAAGACAAAGUCAAUGGAUGUACAAGCACUGAUCCUUGUACAGUUCACACCGAUGAUCUAUUUACUGGAGAGCUUGUUUUCUGGUGAAGCAAGCAAGAUCUCAUUUUGCAAGCAAGCAGUAUGCAAGUCUUUAUGCAUGUAUGCCAUGUCUGAAUGCAUGUUCAGUUCCAGGACCAUGGUCAUCUGGGGACACUAAAUUUUGCCAGACCUCAUUCUCCUUUGCCACCUGAAUUAUAUUACCAGAUUGACAACGUUCAGUGUUCUAACCUCAAAUCGGCAGCACCUAGUGAUGUAUAUAUGUUUAGCUUUCUUUUGCUAUUCUGCAAGCAAAUAUUCUGGGAGCAUGGCUACACAUUUUGCAAGUCCCUUUUCAGCUUUAUUUUGGAUAGCUAUGCAGAUCUCAGAAUACUGCUCAAUGUAGCAGCAGCACUUCUAAAAUUCAUUGUUUACGGUCCAGCAGAUCUUGAAUUUUCA